GACGAGCUCAGGAAGCAGCCGUCCUUAUUUCAUGUCUUGUAGCGACUGAAACGGGAGGACGAGUGUUAUUUUGGGGGUCGGGGAGACGGAUCAAGACGGUUAAAUAUUUUCCAAUUAUUUUAGGUUAGAUUGCUGUCAGCAACAGAGGAGCUUUGUUAUGAUUUUGGCGCUGAUAUCUGUGAUGUUUACUGUUCAGCCUCAUCGGUCUACGUGACGGAUAACCAAUAUUAAGUGGUUCCUCCAGGCUGAAACUGCUUAAAUAUUAGGCACAGACGGGAUUAUUUGCCUUUUUUCCUGCUAUAUUGCUGUGUGCUGGCGGCACGCCAAUAAUUGACUCUGGAGCAGGACACGGAGGAUAGUAUGGCCAUGACGGGAGGGACGGCAGCUGCCCUUCCCAUGAGCAACCACACCCGGGAGAGGGUGACCGUGGCCAAGCUGACCCUGGAAAACUUCUACAGCACCCUGCUCACGCAGCACGAGGAGCGGGAGAUGAGGCAGAAGAAGCUAGAGAAGGCCAUGGAAGAGGAGGGGUUGCCAGAUGAGGAGAAAGUGAUGCGGCGCUCGCAGCACGCCCGGAAGGAGACCGAGUUCCUGCGUCUGAAGAGGACGCGGCUCGGCUUGGAUGAUUUCGAGUCUCUAAAGGUUAUUGGAAGAGGAGCCUUUGGAGAAGUUCGUUUGGUGCAGAAAAAGGACACGGGGCACAUUUAUGCCAUGAAGAUCCUGAGAAAAGCAGACAUGCUGGAGAAAGAACAGGUGGCUCAUAUCCGCGCAGAGAGGGACAUUCUGGUGGAGGCGGACAGCGCCUGGGUGGUCAAGAUGUUCUACAGCUUCCAGGACAAGAGGAACCUCUACCUCAUCAUGGAGUUCCUGCCUGGAGGCGACAUGAUGACGCUGCUGAUGAAGAAGGACACCCUGUCUGAAGAGGCCACACAGUUCUACAUCGCAGAGACGGUUCUGGCCAUCGACUCCAUCCAUCAGCUGGGCUUCAUCCACAGAGACAUCAAACCGGACAACCUGCUGCUGGACUCCAGGGGGCACGUAAAGUUGUCUGAUUUUGGCCUGUGCACCGGACUGAAGAAGGCUCAUCGCACCGAGUUCUACAGGAACCUGACACACAACCCACCGAGUGAUUUCUCUUUCCAGAACAUGAACUCCAAGAGGAAAGCAGAAACCUGGAAGAAGAACAGGAGACAGCUGGCUUAUUCCACUGUGGGAACACCAGACUACAUCGCUCCUGAGGUUUUCAUGCAGACAGGGUACAACAAGCUCUGUGAUUGGUGGUCUCUGGGUGUCAUCAUGUAUGAAAUGCUCAUCGGUUACCCGCCUUUCUGUUCGGAGACGCCGCAGGAGACCUACAGGAAGGUCAUGAAUUGGAAGGAAACUCUCGUCUUCCCACCUGAAGUUCCCAUCUCAGAGAAGGCCAAAGAUCUGAUUUUAAGGUAUUGCACUGAUGCGGAGAAUAGAAUCGGAGCCGUGAGUGUGGAGGAGAUCAAGAGCCAUCCUUUCUUUGAGUCGGUGGACUGGGAGCACAUCAGGGAGCGACCAGCAGCCAUUUCUAUCGAAAUCAAAAGCAUCGACGACACUUCAAACUUUGACGACUUCCCUGAAUCAGACAUCCUUCAGCCAGCCAAUACAACAGAGCCUGACUUCAAAUCAAAGGACUGGGUGUUCCUGAACUACACGUACAAACGGUUCGAGGGUCUGACUCAGCGAGGCACCAUCCCCUUGUACAUGAAGGCAGGAAAGGCCUGACACGCUCAAAGAAAGCAACACAGAGACGUUUUAGGGACACAGGGUCGGGCCGCCGAGCCCCCACUGGUGCUGAGGUCUGCGCCGUCAGCCUCUCAGCCUAAAUGUAACCCUCAUCACAAGUUAUUUAGGUCUGCUCUGCCGCCAAGAAAACGCCGCUGGGAAGAGCUGGGAAAUGACAGAGCGUUGCCACAUUACCUCGGUUGUUUAUAUUUCAUGUCUCUAGCCAUAGCUGUCGGGCCAGAUCUUUAACUAGGACACUAAAUAAGCAUAUCUGCAUGUUCAGCCUAAAGUUGACAGCAGGAAUGGGGGCUUGAGAACAACUCCCUGCUUUUGCAUCCUCACUUUGAUAGUUUAUACACUGGUGGUUACAUUGAAACAGCUAUAAACCGAGUUCCUCUUAAAGCCUGUCCACAUUGUAAUCAAGAAUCUGGAUGAUUGAAGAGAACAGGAAGCUCUCACCUGCUGUAGCACACAUGCGGCUAUGCUGCAAGGAGGAUCCUAGCAUGAUUUGCAGUGGAUUUUAUAGCUCAACCAGGAAGUAAGUUUAAAGAGGAAACAUUUAUUUCCAGGAGCGUCUCAUUUGAGUGUAGGAUAGAAGCAGAUGAACACAUACAGAUGGCUCACACAUGAAAGGAAAACCCAACUCACUUUCUCAGACUCAAGAAGUCCGAUGGGUGAGAUCAUCAAAGAGCAAGAACUUGUAUUCAUCUCAACAAGAACUGAGCCCUUAUUGAUCAUUCUUGGGGCAUCAUAACAGACGAUCUUGUGUUUCACGCUGUGAGGUAGUAUCAGCGACAGGCGAUCUGCUGUAAAGUGCGGGUGAAAGCAGCAACUGCAGAAACACUUCGGUGGAUCUGUUCAGUCUGCUGAGGUGGUGGAGCCAACAGACAGUGGAAACACGCUACCUUCGCAUGAAGUCUUGGGCCUUGUUCAGAACACACACAGAACCUCUAUUUGUCAACAAGUUCCUUCAGUGUUUGAACACAUGAUAAUUGUGUUGCUUCGCUAAAAGUAGUUAGCACAAGAUCCAGUCAAAUCCUGCAGAUUUUCCAACUUGAGCAGCUAGAACGCGCAGUGUUAGCUGUCAUCUGUCGAUGUCAUCUUGAUAUUCUGAUCAUUUCGGGUUUAGCACCCCCUGCUGUUGCAGCAUAGGUAUUACAGCGUUUUCAAUUCGAAUCUCACAAUUGGUUUAAAGAUUUUUUUCCAAAUAUAUCUAAAAUAAUGAAGCAGGGACCCUGUAUCUUGUGAGGUUCAGCUUUUAGCUCCACUUUAUGUGCUCCCGCUUUCUAAGUUAUGUAAGAUCUUGAGAUGGAUAUCGAAAAAGAAAGGGCAUCAGACGGGGGUUAUAAUAUUCUAGGAAGGAGCAAACACCCAAAUCAUGCUGGAAUCACCCUUCUCAAUGGUGGUACACUGGCUUAAAAGGGGUAACUCCCUGCAAAGGAAAAACUCCUAAUUUUUCUUCUGCUUAACAUCUGUUGGUUGCCAAAUAAACUGCUGUGUCCUUUUUAAGAUUAUAAAUGAUAACUGUAAUGAGUUGCAGGCCCGUCCCCUUCCUUCUUAAAUCCACAAAACAUGCAAAAGUGCCUUUUUAAGUAGCUAGAUGUAUCACUUGUUUAGUAAAGAUUAAUUAGGAGGCAUUCAUUAAAAUUAGAUUAGCAUUCAACUGAUUAAUUUGAGAGAGAAAUAAGGGGGCAGCUUGACAAAAAAACCCCAAAGCAAAUAUAUCUGUAACCUUUGUCUAAUAAAAAGGAAAUACGUCUCAUUUAGGUGAUUUAUGAAGUUUGUGAUAAAACAAAAGCAGGUUUUUAUAGAUUAGACAAUAAAACAGGAGGCUCCUUAAACAGAACAAUGUGUUUUUGUAAAGUCAAAUUGGAAUGAAGUUAGGUCAAAAACAGCAUAAGAGUAACAUUUCUGUGUUGUUUUUAAUUUGUCAUUUUAGGAUCAUCAUAGGAUUUGUUUGAACACUUUCUGAUCCCUCUCACAUGUCAUGCAAACAAACUGUAGGACCAGUCGUUAACCGUCUUGUCUGACUGGGGAGUUACCAAAGAACUCUAAUCAUCACGUCACGGUCCGAGCUCAAGUUCGGAUGUAGUCGGCGCUUAUUCUGCACUCAAUAGGAAACUACCUUUUGAAUGGGAAGUCAUUUCCAUUCACUAUAUCUAAACUUCUAAAAUAAAAUGUGUGUGCUGGGAGAAAUAUUUCUUAGAUCUCCGCUAAGAGUUCUAAAUGUUUAUGUAGAAUCAGGAAGUAUAUUGAUGAUGCACAGGAACCCCAAUGCUAGCUGUUGCUGGUGCUGUUUCUGAAGGCCUCUUGUAGAAAUAUAGUUCUGCAGCAUUGUGAUCAGUUCACUGUAAUACCCCUGUGUCUAUUCUUCUUUUUUUUUUUUUUUACAAUUUGUGUGUAAUUUAAUUGUCAAGCUACAAAUGUAUUGGUCGAUUACACUAAAAAAUGCUACAAAACGAUGGACUGAUGAGGGUUUUAUAGGCAGAUGUCUGUAUAUUUUUGUGUUAUUUAUGCUGCUCGUGUAUUUUUUUUAUAUAUAAAUUAGCUUUUUGCUGACAUUCACUGUAUUAAAAUUGGCUGUGUUUCAUGUAAAGUUGCACCCACUGAUGUAUACAACAAACAAAAAAAGUUAAGGAUCCACCUUCCAAACACUCGAUGUCCAUGGGUAUCUUUUAUGGCUUUUAAGGUUGGCUUGUCCUUCUCUUUAUUUAGUCUCGCAAAAUGUCGACAUUUGGUAUGUAGAUGAUGUGAUCGUCAAGGAGACACAUCAAGGACAAACAACAGAGGGUGGAAUCAAGGGGGGGUCGGCAGUUUUAUCAGGCGGUUGCCGGAGCGUCCACCAAUCAGAACAGUAGAGGAAGGUCACCAAAGACGGGGUACCCUGUGGAGGCAUUUGACAGCAUUACCAGUUUUGAAAGGUGUUUAAUGGAGAUUGCAUUGUGGGUUUGCAUCAGACCGGGUGGUUGUAUUGUGCAAGAGUCCAACAGGAUCCCACGGUGGCCCUAAAUUGAAAGUCAUGUGUACAAAAGGUUCCAAAUGCCCAAGAAAGACCACAACUAAGGGAGGGUUGUUGGGUAGUGCAUUGUAUAACUCAGAUUUGCACCUCGUAUCAAAAUACAGGUAGUAGACUGUAAAGAACCCUUGUCACCUGAACUCUUGUCUGCUGGCAUAAGCAAGGUUACGGGUUUGCUGUCCCUUGCAUAGGGUGCCAUAAACACUUGAGCAGAGACGGCUGCUUGUGGAAAGAUGCCUUAAUGGUUAGUCAUAGACUGAUGAGGGAUUGCAUCAUUUCAUGUUCAGCAAUAGGUUUGGGUUCACCAUUGCCACAGACAACCGUCACGUGCAGAUAGGGUAGCACUGAGAAUAGAGGAUUGGCUUAAAGAUUACCAAUGUUUGUAGAGAGACACGCUGGCAUUAUUCCUGGCUUUAGGGUGUGGAGAUCCACAGGGCAUGAUUUAAUGUUUUCUAUGAAUGUUUCAAUGAAACCAGACAUGCACCCGCCUGUCUCACCCCAAGAUAACACCCCUCUAUACUAGAACUUGACUGCACCCUGAGGAGGUCAUUUAACCUUGUGAUUCAGUUGUGUUGGAUUAGGGACACAUUUAGAAGUUGCAAGACACCGGCCAUCUUCCCUAAAUAGACGUGUUGGAUCAUCUAGGAUAUCGACUCUGGCCCAGUGCUGACCCGUUGGAUCUGAAGGGCCAUUGAUGAGAACUGUGGGUUGACUUGCCAAUAGAGAAAUAGACUUGGUCACUGCUUGCAUCUAGGCCCAAGGGUGUCAUGUAACCAGCUGUGGGCCAAUACUGCCAACUUCAUUUGAUAUAUCAUAAUCACUGCAUGACCUUUCAAAACAUGCAUUUUCAUCCCAUUUCCACCACUUACUCUGGGUGCUCAACUUUUUGCAGUCCAUCUCAUAUUUGGAGGCAGUAGUUCUACCAUUCAGCAUCUUACUACUGCACACGAGUGGAGAAACUAAAGAAGAGUGAUCAGCCCAACAUAUUCAGACUUAUGGCCCUGUAGGAAGCACCCCAGACAGAUGGAGUCUAGUCAUUUUUGCCUUUGAUUGAACUAGACAUGGCGUCCAAUGUGUUUCUGUUCAAACCAUUGGCUUGUUGACAUCAUUCCAUGUUCCAUCAUAAGGGUUAUUUCUUCCCACUCCAGACCAACAUUAGGCUGGUGCUUUCCCCUAGGAUGGCUAAUGAAUGCACAACUGCCUCUGAUUGACGACAAAAAAGAUUUGAAAUGUAACUGAAACAAUCUCAAAUUAGAAAAUUCAACCCUCUUGGUCAAUAUCUGGUUGAAUUUCCCAUGAAUGUGUCCACUCAGAAGCUAAAAUGUAUUACAGAAAGCUGUUCUAGGAAGACUGAAGCAGAAGUUGUGUCUACUUUCCGGGAAAAUAGUGACACAACUGAUUGGGAAAGGGACUUAAUUGUUAAUUAAGAGGAUCUGCUUUUGUUUCGUGAGGUGGUGUCUCACUGUUUAGUGUCAAACGUCUGCUUUGUGCUAGAAUAUUAACACAUUUUAUUUAUUACAAGAAGGAAAAACAGUGGGCGAAUACUUGCGAUACAUGCUAUAAUUUUUCUCUUUAUACACACACUAUAUAUAUAUAUAUAUAUAAAUAUAUACACACUCACAUGAUGACUUGAAAUCCAUUACUAUGUCACUUUAACAAGGUAGUAAAAGGUUCAGGAAAAGGUUUUAUUUCUUAUUUAUCAAGCAAGACAACUCAUUUGCGAUAGACCAAACUAGUUCACUGCUUAAUAACUGUAUUAGGCAGGUUAAUAAAGGGUAUUGCUGCAUGUUUCAUUUUGCCAAGAGACAAUGGACACAACUAAAUCAUAUGGUAAAAGCCCAGCUGGUGAAUGAUCUGUAUUCCCCUCCAUGUUGAAGAAAGAUCCCCUGGUUCCACAGGUCAGAACUAAGUUGUGAGCUAAUCUGUGUGAUGAUGUAUAUACUGCUGUAGACACUUGUAAGGCAACUGUCUGUGGUGGAUAGAAGGGAAUGCUCAUUAAUAUAUCCAUUCAUGUUGCUGAGUUUUAUGUUGAUACACGGUUCACAAAUAAUAAAUUGAAACGCUUGACGUUUCCAAUGCCUUUACUGUACUAAGUAGUCCCUUUUGUAGUUUGCCACAGGGCUUGUAAUGGACACCGCAUUCAUAUGGGAAAGACAGUCUGAUCAGAUGAGACCAAAUUUGUUAGCUUAAAUGAGUAGGGGAAAACAUAACACUGCACAUCAACCUGAACACAACAUCUCCAUUGUGGAGCAUGGUGGUGGCAACAUAAUGCUGUGGGGAUUUUUUAACAGGAACAUAUAAAAGACUUUAAAGGUUCAUAACUGCACAAAAAUUGCUACAAUUGGAUGGUUUAGAUUAAAGCAUAUACAUGUGUUAGAAUGGCCUUGUCAAAGUUCAGACCUAAAUCCAAUUGAGAACAACAAAUUAUUGGAACUUACGUUUAAAUUUGCCUUUGGUCAAUGACAUUUCAUUCUCUGAGUCUGACUGAAAGACAGAAGAUUCUUAAGCUAACCUGCCUGUUCUGGGGCCUGCAUAUAUUUAGCACUGAACAUCUGUACAACGUUCAGUUACCUCAUUAACGUUUAUGCAAAACAGCAGUGGUCCUAACAUGAAGCCUUGUGUUACACCCAUUUUGUGUUUUCUUUUUGUUUGUUUUUUUAAUGUAUUUCAACCAAGCCAAUUAAGACCUCGCGAAAAAAUUUGAUUGUCAACUCCAUGCAAAAGAAUCUCAUGAUGUAACAAAAUCCCUUUUAAGGUCUGAGACUACACUACCCUUAUCCAAAUAUUUUGUAAAAAAUUAUUAAUAAAAACUAUUAUAGUC